UAUAUCAGUUUCAGUUGUCAACUCUUUCAAUCAAUAUGAUGUUAAGUCUCGUUCUCCUCCUAGCUCCCCUAAGUUUUUCCAUAAAGUCAAAAGGUUGCAUGGUGAAUUGCCCAAUAUCAUACGAAGGAAUGACAUGUGCCUAUGAUUUAGCAUGUGGAUUUAAGGCAGAAAAUGAAUGUCAGCUAAAAGUGGAGAUAUGUUUGCGUGAAUUAAACAAUAGACCCCGCUUUAUCAAAACGAGUUCUGGAUACUGUGUGGAUGACAAAAAAAGACAGUGCAAACCUAUGACACAAGAAGAAUUUACAGAUAUAGAUUUGACGUAAAUUCGUUUUGCACUUAUUAAAACAUUUUUCCA